UAAAAGCUCAACAACAAGAAACAUCCUAUCAAAAUUUACAAGACCCUCUAGUAAACCAAGAUACUUCUUAUCAAGCCUCGAUUCGUGCUGCACUUAAAUUUUUUGAAGCUCAAAAAACUAGCCCGGUACUAUCUAAAACUAUUCAUAAAGUUGCUCUUGAGUAUGGUAUAGCU